AUGGAAGACGUUGAUUAUUCUGUGAAAAAUCGUAAAUCACAAGUAACGAAUUUGAACACAGUAAAGUUUGAAGAUCAAGGUCAAUUGAAGACAAAUUCUAAUAUUCUAAAUAAUUCGAAAAACAUAACAAAUGAAAAGCUAAGAAAAUCCUCAGUAGCAAUUCUACGUAAUCGAUUUUUUCGCACCAUCUGGACAACGCGUAACACAGUCAAUGCCACUGAUCGAAGAGUAUUCAUAAGUACUACACUAAGAGAAUUAUUACUUUAUAUAGUGUUUUUGACAUUACUACUGAUAAUUGCUUUGACGACUUUAAAUUCAAUGACAUAUUUCUACAACACAAGUAUAUACAAUCGAUUCGUAGUAACGGACGGUUCAACGACAUCUGAUAGUCCACAAGCAUUUCAAAAUAUUCAUGAUCAUACAGCUAUGUGGAAUUAUAUCAAUGGUCAAUUAUUGAAUUCAUUAUAUUGGGAUGCAUGGUAUAAUCAACUGAAUGUAUCAUUCAAUGAAAAAGAUUUUAUUGCUCAUGAUAAUAAAGUUUUAGGUGUUGCACGUCUUCGACAGCUUAGAGUAGAUCCAUCACAAUGUGAUAUACCUAAACAGAUGAGAGGUGUUAUAGAAAAAUGCUAUCCUGUUUACAGUACAAAAGCACGCUUUACAAAGUCAAUACAAAUACAAGGCAAUAUCACACCUAUUUACACAAAAAAUGCAUGGAACUUUAGUGAUUCUCACGUGACAGGAGCUACCAGUUAUUCUGCACCAUAUGGUUAUUAUGAUGGUUCCGGUUAUAUACAAGAUUUGUCCAGAUCAAAUGAUGAAACUGUAGCCAUUUUAAAUGAGUUAUUUCAAGGUCGAUGGAUAGAUCAAUCAACUCGUGCAUUGUUUAUUGAUUUUACAAUAUAUAACGCAAAUGUAAACAUAUUUGUUAUAGUAAAAAUCAUAUUUGAAAUGCCUGAAUCGGGUGGAUUAUUUGGUAGCACUAUAGUUCAACCAGUCAGAUUAUUUCGUUAUCAAACAGUGACUGAUUACUUUGUUUUAGUAUGUGAAAUUGUGUAUUUGGUUUUUCUUGCCUAUUAUAUUAUUGAAGAGAUACUUGAGUUUUCAGUUAAACGUUGGAGAUAUUUUAUAAAUAUUUGGAACUUAAUGGAUAUUACAAUGAUUGUAGCCAGUAUAAUAUGUGCAGCCUUUUUAAUAUAUAGUACUAUUAUUGUUUCAAACAAUAUGUCCUCAUUAAUUAGUGAUGUUUCGUCUUAUCCAAAUUUCGAUUAUCUUGCUUAUUGGUAUAGUCACCAUAUAAGAUCAAUGGCAAUUUGUGUAUUUCUUGGAAUAAUCAAGAUCUUCAAAUAUUUAACGAUUGAUCGUUCAUUAAAUCAAUUAACAAGAACAAUGAGUGUAGCUGCUUAUGAUUUACUGGGAUUUUUAAUUAUGUUUUGUAUUGUGUAUUUCGCGUUUGCUCAAUUGGGUUAUUUAGCAUUUAGUGCAAGAACAUUAGCGUAUAGUUCAUUUACUCAAACAACUUAUUCAUUAUUUCGUAUAAUGGUUGGUGAUAUCGACUUUCCAUCCAUUCUAAAAGCUCAUCCUGUUUUAGGACCAAUAUUUUUUGUGACUUUUGUUUUCUUUGUAUUUUUCGUUUUAUUAAAUAUGUUUCUUGCUAUUAUUGAUGAAUCGUAUAAGACAACAAAAGCUGAAUUAAUUCAACAGAAAAAUGAUGUAACAUUGGGGCAUAUACUUAAAAAAAAAGCUAAAGAUUUAGCUAAAAGAGUUCAAAAGAAACGAUCUAAAUCGAUUGUUCGUAUAUUACGAGAAUAUGGAUUGAUGGGUAAAGAAAAAUUACCCUAUGAAGAUUAUCGUCAAGCAUUAAAAAGCCAUGGAUAUAGUGAACCUGAAAUUUUUACAACUUUUGUGAAAUACGAUGAAGAUGGUGAUAAUAAUUUAGAUCUAACAGAACAACAACAAUUAGCUUAUGAAAUUGACUUGGGUGUAAUCUAUAAAAUUGGAGAACCAGUUGAUGAAGGGAUUGGGACAGAUGAAGAUUCCAAUGGAAAUUCUGUUAAGGAUGAAGAUAAUUAUGUUGAUCCUGAAGACUAUAAUGAAUUAAUCCAAAAUGUUGAUCUUAUGGAAGCUACACUUGUUUCAAUUAUUACACGUAUAGAUGAAUUAUUAGCUAGCCUAGAACAAAUUGAGAUAGCAAAACGUGAACAUAGAAUACAACUUAGUGGAAUAAUUAAAGAUAUGUCUCGAACACUCCAGUUUAAAUAAACAUAUGGUUAUAAACGAAUUUACUGAUAUUUAUUUAGUACUCUUCAUAAUAUAAUCACUGGUAAUAUCACCAUCAUCAUCACCAUAAUGAAUGUCAUUUAUUAUUGACUAAUGUUAACGACUACGUCCUAAAUAAACGCUUAUCUAAAAUUUAACAGAACUUUAAUUAAGAUUGAUUUGAAUGCAUUGAGUUGUGUUGUACUUUAAUUUUUUGAAGUUUUAGUAAAUCCUAU